AUGAGUAAAGAAGAGUAUAGUGUUUCAUCAGAAGAAUUCGUCAAUUUUUCUGUGAAAGCACCUCUUACAACAUUCGUUGAUACUAUUAACAACAAAUGUUGGGAAUACAGGCUUUCAAUCGCUGAAAAUUCUGUAGGAACAGUAAUUAUUUUGCCUGGUAUCUACGAAAACACAAAUACUUCAUAUAAGCUUGCUACAAAGUUGUUUGAAGAUGGUUACAGAGUAUUAAUUCUCUCUAUCCCAGCAUAUGACAAUAUUAAUGAAUUACUUGUUGGUUUUGAUACUAUUACUGCAUCGUUGAAGGUAUUUUCUGCUCACAUCAUCGGUGUUGACUUUGGAGGCUUCAUUUCGCUGUUUUUGAAGAAUUCAAAAUUCCUUAGCUGUGAAAUUCUUUCAUUUACCCUUGUAUCCAGCUACAUUAACUCUACAAAAUACAAGAAGAAUCUAUCCUUCUUCUCACAAGGCAGCAAAAGCGAUCUUAUUGUCGAAUUAUCUCCAAAAGCAAUUCCACCGCAUUUAAAGCUAGCUCUUGACUUUGUUAUUAGCCAGCUCGAUACAGUUCCUUCCGAUGUUAUUAAAGGAAGAAUUAAAUGUCGUAAAUCUCACUUAAAGGCUCCAAUUCCAGAAAAUGGCGAUAAUUUCCUUAUUAUUCAGCCUACUGAUUUCGCUUACAAGUUAGAUAGCAAUGAUCGUCCAAAUCAUGCAAUUCCGAACGCUACAGUUAUUAAGAUUGAAAAAGGAGGAUUCUUCCCUCAUGUUUCCAAUGUUGAUGAACUUUACAACCACUUCCAUACUUUCAUUGCAAAAUUUACAUCUGAAACUCCACUUUAA